AUGGAAUGCAAAUGGAGCUUGGUUACCAAAGGUCACGGCAAUGACAAAGGGAGUGAAAACAAAGUAGUGACGAUUGGCGAUACAAAGCUGCCUAUACUUCAUCACACGAAGAGUCAAAGGGUCCAGACGGAGAGCGAGAGAGAAGUUCCUAAUAAUAUCAUCGCACCUGCCAGGAAAGUUGUGCGUAGGGACUAUAUAAAGAAUUUUGAAGUCUAUCCGACAGUGAAAUUUUGUAAAAGGGUUCACUGCGGGCUAAUGGAGGAAAUGUCAAGAAGUACUGCCUCGAAGUCAAAGACUGAAGCCUACCUUUGGAUUAACUCUGGACCUUUCAAAUCAUUCAAUGAACUUGACAAAAGCAAUGUGCCCAUAGUCAAAGCUAUGGAAUCAAUGGCUAGCCAAAGGAUUGCAAGGAUAUCAGCUCAUCUCCGACCUCCAAACUCCCAGAUGGAGGAAAGGUGUGGUUUGAAGAGAGCUGAUUGCAGAGCAAAAGGAGGGGCACCUGGGUUUAAAGUGGCUAUCUUGGGUGCUGCUGGAGGGAUUGGCCAACCUCUUGCAAUGCUAAUGAAGAUGAAUCCUUUGGUCUCAGUUCUUCACCUCUACGAUGUUGUGAAUGCUCCUGGGGUCACUGCUGAUAUUAGUCACAUGGACACUGGUGCUGUGGUUCGGGGUUUCCUAGGGCAACCACAGCUUGAGAGUGCUCUUACAGGGAUGGACCUUGUGAUCAUACCUGCUGGUGUGCCAAGGAAGCCUGGAAUGACUAGAGAUGAUCUAUUCAAGAUCAAUGCUGGGAUCGUCAGAACUCUUUGUGAAGGAGUUGCAAAGUGCUGCCCUAAUGCAAUUGUCAACUUGAUCAGCAAUCCAGUUAAUUCUACAGUUCCAAUUGCAGCUGAGGUUUUCAAGAAAGCUGGAACUUAUGAUCCAAAGCGACUUCUAGGAGUUACAAUGCUUGAUGUUGUGAGAGCAAACACUUUCGUGGCAGAAGUUCUGGGACUUGAUCCUAGGGAAGUUGAUGUUCCAGUUGUUGGAGGCCAUGCUGGAGUUACAAUUUUGCCUCUUCUGUCAAAGGUCAAGCCCCCUUCCUCCUUCACCCCUGAAGAAACUGAAUACCUGACCAAAAGAAUUCAAGAUGGUGGAACGGAAGUAGUUCAGGCAAAAGCUGGGGCCGGCUCUGCAACAUUGUCAAUGGCAUAUGCAGCUGUUAAAUUUGCAGAUGCCUGCCUUCGUGGCUUGAGGGGAGAUGCUGGUGUUGUGGAAUGUGCAUUUGUAGCUUCUGAGGUGACAGAACUCCCAUUCUUUGCAACCAAGGUACGACUUGGCCGUAGAGGAGCUGAGGAAGUCUAUCAACUUGGUCCCCUAAAUGAAUAUGAGAGGGUGGGGUUGGAAAAGGCGAAAAAAGAGUUGGCAGAAAGCAUUCAGAAGGGGAUUUCCUUCAUCAGGAAAUAG